UUCAAGAACUCGGCUUUCCAGUUAAUACGAAGCGAUGGAAAAAUCACCAUUCUACCCCUAUCACUCCUUGAGGAGCUCGCUGCCCUACCUGUGACAGUCGCCAACCCAUCAGCGGCCCUAGAACAAGAUCUCAUGGGUCAUUACACCGGGAUAGAUCUGAUUCUCGAGAACAGACUCCACCACACUAUCGUUCAGCGCAGACUGACGCCACGGCUGCCACUGCUAAUCCCGAGAAUGGAAAAGGCAGUAGCAGAAACGGUCGAGGAAUGUCUCCCUAAAAGCGAAGACUGGGUAGAAUUUCAACCUUAUCAUGCUUUAGGUCAUAUCUCGGCUAGGGCUGCGGCCGAUGCUAUUGUAGGGCCGGCAUUUAGUGGUAGCAAGAUUUGGCUAGAUGUUGCUUUCAAUUAUACAGAGAACCGUGAGUAGGACCCGGACUUUUAUUAUUUCCACUCUCGAUUGACCCAGUGCACAGUUUUUAGGACAGUCGUAAUCUUGCGCUCGCUGCCACAGUGGAUGGCGGGUCUAGUAUACCCUCUUCUCCCUUCUUACUGGGCCGGGCAGAAGUACCUAAACACGGCCAAACAGCUCCUGCGAUCCAGACUCCAAGAGCUUAUCAAGCAGAGCGACGCGGGAGCCUGGGAACCCCGUGAUAGUAACGCCGACGAAUUGAACCUCCUUAGCUGGCUCGCUAGCAUGGCAAAGGGCCGCGAUCGCGAGCCAGACACGAUCUCGCACGUCCUCGUGCUCGUCGCCCUAGCAUCAGUCCACACGACGCUCCUUCGCAUGGUAAACGUACUCUACGACAUCAUCGCCGCGGGCCCCACUCUCCUCGACGAGCUCCUAAGCGAAAUAAACACCGUUGCCGAGAAUGGCUGGGACGUGAACGCAUACGACAAGCUGCACCGCCUAGACAGCGUGCUCCGCGAAUCGCAGCGGCUCUCGCCGCCAACGACCCUCGGCAUGAAGCGCCUCUUCAAAAAGCCGCAUACGUUCCACGACGGCACGCACGUCCCCGCCGGAACCUACGCCGCGCUUCCCAUCCACGCGAUCGAGAACGACGCCGCGCACACGCCGGACCCGGAGGUCUACGACGGGCUGCGCAGCUUCCGGGCGCGCGAGCAGUUCGAACAACAGUCCAAUGCCGCCGCCGCCGAUAAGAGCGGCAACGUAGACAACAACAACAAGCUAGCGUCGGCCAAGGAAUUCCAGUUCUCGACGCCGACGCGCACGGUGCUGAAUUUUGGGUACGGCAAGGCGGCGUGUCCGGGGCGGUUUUUCGCUAGCGUGGUUAUUAAGAUGGUGGUCGUGAGGUUGAUUACGGAGUAUGAGUUUAGGUUUUUGCCGGGGACGGGCAGGCCGAAAAAUGUGAUGUUGUAUGAAUUUUUGUUUCCGUGGCCGUGGCAAAAGGUGCUGGUCAGGCGCCGCAAGGAGGGGGGAUGUCCUUUUUAGGGGAAGGAUCCAUUACAAGAUUACAGUUCAGUAGGUAACUGUAGGUAGUGUAGGUGCUUAGCAACGGCCUCUAAAGUCCACUAGCGCCAAGAAAUUCUUGAUUAUGAUUGGAUAAA